AUGACCUUCCAGCGUCUACUCCUUCAGCUUGCUGAGGAGAAUCCAGCCAUCGCGACCAAGAUCCGACGAUCCCUACACAAGCAUAAAGGCGUAGACAUCAGCUUCCAGCCACAUAUCACCGGCGUCAACGGCAUCAACGGCAGCAUUCGCAGAGCUGCAAAUAAUGUCUUUCACGAAAACGAAGACUGGGCCUGCAGUAGCUUAUACUGCGGCACAUUUGGUAUUAUUAAGGAGAUUGUCGAUGAGGCAGGCAGAUACACAUCCUCGUUCGCGACCAAGGAAUCAGCCCUGCGGACGUUGUUAAAGCUAGCCCAAGCUUUGUUGAACAUCAAGGACGACACCUUGAAGGAAUACGCACCGAGUUAUCUCGCCUGCAACAAGAGCGGUUUCCAGAGAGCUGUAAGGCGUAUCUUCUUCACUAUGAGCCGAGCUGAGCGGAGGGAGAUGAUCAGAACGACGUGGGGCAAACUUACGCUGCUCCAGAAGAUGGAUGACCUGAGUGGGAAGUUGGAUGCGGCUGGGUUCUUCACGGGUUUGGGUCGUGUUCUGGAUCAUGUGGAGACGUCUCUGGACCCCGAUCUUUCGGAAUUGAUGAAUGAUGAACAACUUCUUGCUGAUGAAGAGCGCGCGGAUAGGGAGGCGGAGGACCCAGCCUGGCCUAGAGUAUCUUUGGAAGAACGAGCCGCGAGAAUGAGAGCUGCAUGGCGUUUGGGGUCUAAGUGA